CCCGCGAAUUUGUAGAGAACAAGAACCAGAACAAGAACAAGACCAAUACCAAAACCAAAUCGAACCCCGGCUCUAACCCCGAUACCGAUACUACCAGAUACAGCCAGUUACAACCAGUCACAUCCAGUUACCGCCAGCCUAAACUUACCUCCUGAACCAUCCUAUUGUAUGCAUCUACGAGAGUUUACAUAUUGGACAUCGCUCAGCGACAGCGCCGCUAGAGACCAGCCCGACAUUGUCACGCCCAUGAUAGUGCCGCGAUCCGGACGAGAUUCUGCUUCGUGCAACCCGACAAUAUUAUAAGGGGCAAUCUUGGAGGUCAAGACCUCACGCGAGGUCGUUGCUAACACCCUCGAUGAUGACCUCUCGUCGACCUCGCGAUGUUGGUGGAAGUUUUGCGAGUCGGCGUGGCCAUGCCAACCAACUCUCCAUCUCCGAUCCGACCCAUCACAUAACCGAGACUAUUGGGACUAUGUACGGCGAUGAUGACGAUUACGAUUCACGCCCUUUAAGCUUUAUCUCCUCUCCUCCGGAGGGUGAGAGGAUAGUACAGCAUCCCGAUCCGGAGAGCUCUUUAGAUAAGCAACGGCUUCCGCUCAUUCGAACGACCUCGGACAAGACAACUCUACAACCUCCUGCAACCAAUGGAAACUCGGCGCAGAAAUCGCAAGCACUUUCCAGCCAAAGAAGUACGACGUCGAGGACCAGCUCUUUCGAAUCAGGCCCAAAAUCUCCGAAUUCAAAUUCGCCUAUGUCACCCACGCUCCGCGAUAUGCGCGAAGAUGCCCAGCAAUAUCCGAUAACCAAUAUCGACAACCCGAACGAUAUCGCGCAAGAGCUAAGCAACCUACAAGCCUUACGGCGCAUGUCUAUGGAUGUCUCGAACAACAGCGACCCCGAUCUUCUUCCUUUCCAGGGCAUGUCUCUCAUGGCGAUGCCAUCCAUAGCUCCAAAAGGAGACGAUGAUGCCGACCCUUCGAGAUUGCUAUGGGUUCCCGCUGGUGUUCACCCCGAACUAGCCCCUACCGAGUUCAAGAAUUUCGUCGAGAAAAGAGUCCAGUCAAUGAAACGGAGAUCUUCUGAAUCCACCUUGUCUGUAGAUGGCUUGGAGAGGAGCGAUUCGGGUGGGCUGCGGAGAAAGAAAUCCAUGCUUUCCAGACAAAUCGACAAUGUGGGCGGACACGGUGCGGAAGGAUAUGUUGACGGUGCCGAAAGAUUAGAAAGGCAAAAGUCACUUAGGGAGCCAGGGCAAGGACCACCAGAGCUUAGUCUAGAUGAACUUGUUAAGGACCCAUCCAAGAUUGCUCAGAAACUUGGACUCGAAUCUCAACGCCAGGAUUUAGGGGGCGAGUCUUCGAAUACAGACGAUAUGCCUAUACUUCCUGUCGCGCCAGGCAUGGGCCUACGUCGAUCGACCCGUACCACAUAUCGAAAAGGAGGUAGUCUAAAGAAUCGACAAGGUUCCCUCAGAUCCGAUGAACGACUUCCUUUUUCGAAACGCAUCGGGGCAAAGAAACCCGAAGAAGGGUCGGGCGGAUCAGCUGGUAAUGAAUCAACUGUUGAAGCACCACCAGGUUAUGGUUUGACACGGGUGCAAUCAGAACCGAUUUCUGAGAACUUCUCCAGGCCUUCAAAACCUAUGCGGCGACAGCAAACCUUUUCCCAAGACCCAGCGUCAGACACAUAUGAAAGCUCUCAACAUGACUCACAAGACUCAAGCCAGGGUUCUCCUACUAGACCGCAAGGUCCAACUCGUACCUUGUCCGCUGAGGCUAUUAAGACAUCUUCUCCUACAUCGCAAAUUAUCGAGACAUCCAUUGCAGAGGAGGAACCUUCUGACGCACAAGCCAUGGAAACGGGUAGGCCAUUCCCCGAACGAUCAUCAUCGCAACGAAAUGCUAUUCAGCCUGUGUCUCCACCUCCAUCGGCUCCUGCGGAACCACCAGCGCGCUCAAGUAAAAGACCGAACUACGGGCAACCGCUUCAGAGCCCCUCGCCGCCACAGGUUACAAGCCGAACUCAGCAACCGAACCGAUCACCGAACACUCCCAACCGAACCCUCAAUGAUAUGUCACAAAGCCCUUCACCAUUUCCAGGCAGCGGUGCCACUAGUACUGAAUCGCUUACAUUCAUCCCAACAUUUACAACCGCCGAAGACAGAAAGCCGGAGAAGAAGGGCAAGAAAGAGAAAAAUGAAAGUGAGGGUGAGAAAUCUAAGGCUACGUCCUGGAAAUGGUUCAACAAGGGCGAGGAUAAGGAGAAGAAAAAGAAAGAUGAUGAAAAUAGGAAGUCUAAGACCAAGGCAUUCGUGGAGAAAGCACACGAUAACGUUCGUCUCGACGUUCUACAAACCUCGAUCGAUACAGCGCUUCACAAGGGACGAGAGAGCCUACUGCUUGACCGUGACACUGUCGACAGCAAACUGGAGGAGGAGCGGAGAAAGGAGAGUAGUCGAAGGUCAGGUGAGCAAAAGAAGGAAAAGGAUGGCUUCUUUGGAUCGUUCUUUGGAAGUAGCAAGAGAAGAAGUGAGAGGGAUUCUACCAGCAAAAAACACCAGGCCCAGAGAUCGUUGUCCCCAGAACCAGCUCCAUACCGACCCUUACGACCCGAUGUCGACUAUCACUGGACGAGGUUCCCCAUCCUAGAGGAGCGAGCCAUAUAUCGAAUGGCACACAUCAAGCUCGCGAAUCCUCGCCGUGCAUUAUAUAGCCAGGUCUUGCUCAGCAACUUCAUGUACUCGUAUCUCGCAAAGGUCCAAGCCAUGCAUCCUCAAAUACAAGUCCCACAAUCACCCCAACAAAAGAGAUUGCAAGAAGAAGAGAGACGGCGGCGUGAACAAGAGCAGCAAUACAUGGAACAGCAACAGGCACAGGAUAGCAUCGACCGCUAUAACUUCGAAUACCAUCGAUCAACAACUCAAUACGGGGAUCCCAGCAUGCAACAGGAGGCUGGAGACUACCCAGAAGCUGCCGAAAUCUACGACUAUGAGCAUAGCAAGGACCAUAUGGAUGGAAAUAAUGACUACCAAGAUAUGGAUGAUUAUGGCGGUCAAGACGCAGACAAGGAUUACUAUUCUACUUACGUUCAGUACACUAAUAGUGAAAACGGGCGCCGCCAGCACAAAGACGAGGACGAAGAAAUGUGGUGAUACAUCUAUCGAUGAGGCGGGAUUGCCAAAAGCACCCGUGUCUAUACAGUGAUUACACGGAUGCAUACUCUUCG